AUGUUCAAAAAAGUGGCGAUCAACAGUUUCGCAGUGGGAAACGAGUUCGGCUCACCAAUCGGCAUCGCCCUUUGCAUCAAACUCAGCUGCGUCAAUCACUCGUGCAAACCGCAGACACGCGUCGUCUUCCGCAACCGUGCCGCAUGCCUUGUGCCCACAAAUCGCCGCAAACCGCCCAAGAACUUCGACACGGCAUGUCAUUCGUAUAUUGAUGAAUUGCAACCGAUUGCGUUGAGACGGAAGAUGUUGAGGGUACGGUAGUUUUUGGCGCGCGAAAAUUUGCGUCAUUUUGAAACCAAAUUUGAUAUAUUUUGGGGAAUUUUAAGCCACGCCCCUUUUCUGCAAUCCUGGCACAGUUUUUUCUAACGAAUUUAUAGCAUAUUUGGUCUCAAAAUGCUCCAAAUUCUAAGCCACGCCCCUUUUUUGCAAGCCGCGCACAUUUUUUACCAAGUUUAACCGAAAAUACCCAUGUUUGAUCUCAAAAUGCUCCAAAUUCUAAGCCACGCCCCUUUUUUGCAAGCCUGGCACACUUUUGCCCCAAAAAUAUAGCAUAUUCUGUCUCAAAAUGUUCCAAAUUCUAAGCCACGCCCCUUUUUUGCAAGCCUGGCACACUUCCCCCAAAAAUAUAGCAUAUUCGGUCUCAAAAUGUUCCAAAUUCUAAGCCACGCCCCUUUUUUGCAAGCCUGGCACAGUUUUUUCCAAGUUCAUCCGAAAAUACCCAUAUUUGAUCUCAAAAUGCGCCAAAUUCUAAGCCACGCCCCUUUUUCCAGCAAAAAUACCAAUUCGAAUGCAAUUGCGAGGGUUGUUGUGACGAGAAUCGAAAUUCUCGAAUGGAAGCGUGGAAUUGUGGAAUUUGUGUGGAUGGAUGGAUGAAAAACACGCAGGGAGCGAAUUGUGAAUUGUAAGCUGCUGAAAAUCGCUGAAAAUCCACGUUUUUUGGCUGAAAAUCGCCCAAAAACCAUGAUUUUUCACCUAAAAUCGAUGAUUUUCAGCCAAAAAAAAAAGGAAAAAUCUGAAAUUUUCCAGAUGUGGCUGGGACAUGACGCCUGAUCAUUAUGAGACUUGUCGCCUCGCUGAAGAGGCCACCAAAAAUGCUCGAAUCACGCUGCAAAGGGAUGAUGUUCCACUUCAGACCAGGAACGAUUUGGCCGAAAAAGUGAGGUUUUGCGGCACGGUUUUUGGGGCCCUAAGCCUGGAUUUGCAAUCUGCGGCAUGGUUUCGAAAAGCGCUUCAAUUUGAAACCCCACAAGCCUAGGCUCCGCCCACUUUUUGCAAUUUUGCGGCACGGUUUUUUGAGCAUUUUUUUUCAGCUGAUUUAUUUGAUGGCCGACACUUUGCACAAAUACAAUGUUCUGCGUUUGCCAGUCUUGAGACUUUUGUAUGGAGCCGCACUUUUUAGACAAGAGUAAGUUUUAAAGGAACAUGGGGUACUGUAUUCCCGAAAAUUCCCUUUAUUUUGAUACCAAAUACGCCUACAGUACUCUGAAGGAACAUGGGGUACUGUAGCUGGAUUUAAAGGAACAUUUGGUCUCGAAGCGAUUUACAGUAAAAAAAGGGACAUGUCUGCCUACUGUACCCACAGUAAUCUCUAGAAAUUUCGGAAAAUGCCUAUAUUUCAACUCGAAAAAAAUACGUUUCAGAAUUUUUGCAAAUCAGGAAAAUAAACAAUUUUUUCCAGUACUGUAGACACAGAUCAUGUCCCUUUAAAUUCAAAAAAAUCGCUUCGAGACCCAAACUACAGUAACCGGUAGAUCAAGAGCUUCAUUUUGAUACCAAAUACGCCUACAGUACUCUAAAGGAACAUGGGGUACUGUAGCUAGGAACAUUUGGUAUCAAAAUGAACUCUUGAUCUACCGGUUACUGUAGUUUGGGUCUUGCAGCGAUUCAGCUAGAUUUAAAGGAACAUACACUCGCUCCGCUCGAGCCGCUUACGCGGAAUUUUCCGCCUACACUCGCGCUUCCGCGCUCGGGCUUGUUUGGUCUCAAAAUAAUCCUCUCCAGGUCUCGCAGCGAUCUACAGUACUCUCCAUUUUUCCAGCCUCGAAAACUGCACAAAAUACGGCAUCGAACUGCUCGACCUCCAAAAACAAUACCAAUACAAAAAUGACGUGGCAAUACUGUACCACAAAUACGGUCUUGCUCAGGUUAUGAUAGCCGGCGAAGCGUGGGAAAGUGCUCAAGAGCUCCUCGAAGACAUUCAUCAACCGAUGAGCACGAUUUAUGGCGAUGAGGCGCAAGUGGUGCGCAAUAUCAGCGAAAUGUUGCGGCGUACGCAACGCGACUAGCGGAGAUGCGGAGCGGUUUUGGCGCGGGACUGGGCUGGCUUUUUUUUAUAAUAAUUAUUUAUCUUAUCUCAAAAAUAUUGUCAUGUGGUUGUGAAUCUUGCCUAAUAAAGCUUUAUGUACAAAAAUUAUUGAUUUUUUACUUUAAAAUGUCCUUAAGGUCAUUAAAAAUACCUUAAAAUUCGGAUUUUUUACCCCUAAAUUAGGGCGAAUUGUGUUAAUUACCCUAAAUUACCUUAAGGUCCUAAAUGACGUUGGAAUUCCGGCUGGCGCCGCUUCAAUUUCUUCGACAAAUCAGUGGUUUUGGAUAAGGAGAAGCCCAAGGAGAAAUUUUUGGGUCUCAAGGUGAGCAGGAGUACUGUACCUCCCUUUAAGACCUAAAAUUAAUUUCAGGAUGUUAAUGUGGAUUGUUGGUGCCGAUCUGGUGAUUCGGUGUUUUUGGGCGAAUCGAGGGGCGGAGUUUUUAGGUUUGCAAUUUUUUGGGUCCCACAGCGAUCUACAGUACUCUAAAGGAACAUGCGGGUACUGUAGGGACAUUUGGUAUCAAAAUGAAGCUCUUGAUCCACAGGCUACUGUAGUUUGGAUCUCGCAGCGAUCUAGCUAGAUUUAAAGGGACAUACACUCGCUCCGCUCGAGCCGCUUGCGCGGAAUUUUCCGAUUACACUCGCGCUUUCGCGCUCGGGCUUAUUUGGCAUCAAAAUGAAGCUCCAGAUCAAAGGCUUACUGUAGUUAGGGUCUCGCAGCGAUUUUUUAAGGAUUACUGUAGCUAGAUUCAUGAAAAUUGUCCAUUUUUCAUUUUAAAAAAAUUGCGCGAAAAAAUACGUUUCAAAAUAUCUGUAAAUUUCAAAAUUGCCGAAAAAUAUGAUAGUUGAAACCUUUUCGAUAUUUUCUAAUUUGAACUUCAAAAAUCUGAAACUUUUCAUAGUGUAUGUCCCUUUAAAUUCAAAAAAAAAUCGCGGUGAGACCCUAGGUACAGUAACCUGUGGAUUAAGAGCUUCAUUCUGAUACCAAACAAGCCCGAGCGCGGAAGCGCGAGUGUAAGCGGAAAAUUCCGCGCAAGCGGCUCGAGCGGAGCGAGUGUAUGCCCCUUUAAAUUUAGCUACAGUACCCCAUGUCCCUUUGAAGGAACAUGGGGUACUGUAGUUUGGGUCUCGCAGCGAUCCAGCUAGAUUUAAAGGUACAUACACUCGCUCCGCUCGAGCCGCUUGCGCGGAACUCGCAUUUCCGCGAACCUAGGCAUGUUUAGUCUCAAAAUGAUGCUCUCCGGGUCUCGCGGCGAUCUACAGUACUCUAAAGGAACAGGAUUUGCAGACUCACCCAACAACAGGACGAUGAUUAUUGGAAAGCCUAUCAAAAAUCGCUGGCCUCUCUGCAUUCCGCCGACAAAUAUCUGUUCUCGAUUGGCGAAGACGAGGAGACCACCAAUUCGCUGUUGAAAAUCUGGGACCCGACGCAAGUUGGCGAGAAAAACGCGCCGCAACUGCGACGCGUCGUCCGCAUGUCGCCGCUUCUCGCCACUUCCGCGUUUCCUGCGAGUUCGUGCGCGGUACAUUCGAGUUUGAGCGCAAUUGCUGUUGGUUAUGGUGAUGGAUCGGUGCUUUUUUAUCAGGGAGAUGUGAUGGGCGAAAAGGUACGUGAAAUGCGUCAGUGUGUGGAGUGCUGACGUGUUUUUGGUAGCCUACAAAAUUUGCGUCAGCAAAUAUCUAGAGCUUUCGAGGCUACAAAAUAUGUGUCAAGAGAUUCUAGUGCUACAAAAUAUGCGUCAGCAAAACUAUUUGUCUCUAAGGCUACAAAAUUUGCGUCAGCAAGGAUCUAGGCUACAAAAUAUGUGUCAGCAAAUAUCUCGACCUACAAAAAAUGCGUCAGCAAACCUAUGAACUUCCGGAACUCAAAAAUUUGCGUCAGCAAACCUAUGGGCUUCUGAGGUUGCAAAAUUCGCGUCAGCGAGUAUCUAGGCUACAAAAUAUGUGUCAGCAAAUAUCUCGACCUACAAAAAAUGCGUCAGCAAAUAUCUAGAGCUUUCGAGGCUACUGAAUUUGCGUCAGCAAACCUAUAAGCUUCGGGAGCUACAAAAUAUGCGUCAGCAAAUAUCUAGAGCUUCUCAGGCUACAAAAUAUGCGUCAGCGAGUAUCUAGGCUACAAAAUAUGUGUCAGCAAAUAUCACGACCUACAAAAAAUGCGUCAGCAAAUAUCUAGAGCUUUCGAGGCUACUGAAUUUGCGUCAGCAAACCUAUAAGCUUCGGGAGCUACAAAAUAUGCGUCAGCAAAACUAUGAGCUUCCGAGGCUACAAAAUUUGCGUCAAGAGAUUUAAUUGCUAUAAAAUAUGCGUCAGCAAAUAUCUAGAGCUUUCGAGGCUACAAAAUUUGCGUCAGCAAACCUAUGAGCUUUAGGAGUUACAAAAAGGCGUCAGCAAAUAUCUAGGCUACAAAAAGUUGCGUCAGCAAAACCCUCACCGAAGCAACCUACAAAAUAUGCGUCAGCAAACCCUAUACACUAGCUGACGCAUUUCCAGUAGCAGCCCCUACCAAAAACACGUCAAUCCAACUCAUCACUGACGCAUUUUCAGUCGCUCUCCUCGUCCCGUUGGCUACGAAUCCGCGAGUCUUCCGUCAUCGAAGGUGCGGUCAGCGGAUUAGCGAUCGCAUUUGUGCCGGGCGGAAAAACUGUGAUAUUUGUCAUAACUCCGAAACACGUCUUCUCCUAUGUGCUCGAAAAUCGACAAGUUAUCAGCAAGAAAAAACACGAGGCAAACGGAGCGACGACGGAUUGCUGGACUUUUGAUGAGAGUACUGGACAGUUGAUUGUGGCCAGCAGGGAAAUGGUGGGUUUUUGGGCUGAAAUUGUAAAAUUUGGAGCAUUUUGACCUAAAAUUCAUGAAAUUUGGAGCAUUUUGACCCAAAAUUGAUAAAAUUCGAGCAUUUUUGGAUUUUUCAUGAGAUUUUGGUUUGAAAGACACCUCAUAAGCCUAUGUUCCUUUGAAUUUUGAAUUUUUCGUGGCGAGACCCGGAUUACUGUAACCAGAAUCUCUAGAGCUUCGUUUUAAGACCAAAUUCGGCUAUUUUUGGAUUUUUCAUGAGAUUUUGGUUUGAAAGACACCUCAUAAGCCUAUGUUCCUUUAAAUUUUCAGUUUUCCGCGCCAAAAUCUACAGUAACCCUAUCAUGUUUAGACUCAAAAUGAUCCUCUCCGGGUCUCGCAGCGAUCUACAGUAGUCUGGGGUACUGUAGCUGGAUUUAAUGGAGCAUAACAAGCAAAAUUUGUUGCAGGUCUAUUUCUACGACGCGGAUCAAAGUGUGGAUAUUGACGGCGGUGUCGGUAGAUGUUUGCAGCUGGGACGCGGACACGACAAAUUGCAAUUGGUGGCCGCCGGACAAUAUUUGGCGCUGCUCACCAAGCAGAACGCAUUGAUACAGUAAGCUGGGGAGUACUGUAGAUCGCUGCGGGACCCCGAGAGCAUCAUUUUGACACCAAAUAAGCCCGAGCGCGGAAGCGCGAGUGUAGGCGGAAAAUUCCGCGUAAGCGGCUCGAGCGCAGCGAGUGUGUGUCCCUUUAAAUCCAGCUACAGUACCCCAUGUUCAUUUAGAGUACUGUAGAUUGCUGCGGGACCCGGAGAGCAUUUUGAUAUAAAACAUGCUCGAGCGCGGAAGCGCGAGUGUAUCCGGAUUUUUACGCGCAAGCGGCUCGAGCGGAGCGAGUGUAUGUCCCUUCAAAUCUAGCUGGAUCGCUGCGGGACCCAAACUACAGUAACCCUCAGAUCAAGAGCUUCAUUUUGAUACCAAACAAGCCUAGGUUCCUUUAAACUAGUGUAGAUCGCUCCAAACUACAGUACCCUAUUUAAACUACCGUACUUCCAGAAAAGACGCCGAAUUCAUGACAAUGAUGACAGUCUACGAUGUCAAAGGUCAAUACAUCGGAUUCUCCUGCUCUCUCCCGAAUCUCUGCCGCCUUUUUGUCAUUGGAGCGCAAAUGCUCAUUCUGGGCAAAGAUGGAACGCUUUCCGAGUUGGCCGAGAAAAAUCUGAUGACAAAAUUGGACAUUUUGAUCAAGAAGAAUUUGUAUGACGUGGCUAUUGGAAUCGCGAAAAAUAGCAAAGAUGGAGGGGAACAAUUGAAGGGGAUUCAUCGCAAAUAUGCCGAUUAUUUGUAUGGGUAUGUUCCUUUAAAUUUUGGGAAUUGGAUUACUGUACUCAGAAGCUCUGGGGGAGCAUUUUGACACCAAAUAUGCCUUUUUUAUGAAAUUUGGGCUCGAAAGACACUCCAUAAGCCUAUGUUCCUUUAAAUUUUGAAGUUUUCGUGGCGAGACCCGGAUUACUGUACCUAGUAGAUCAAGGACUUCAUUUUGACACUAAAGAAGGCCAUGUUCCUUUAAAUUUUGAAUUUUUUCGUGAGAUUUGAAUUUUUCAUCAGAUUGCUCAUAUUAUAACGGUGGAAAUCGAAUAAAACUAUAUUUUUAAUUUUUUUUAAUCGAUUUUCAGCCCUCGCCACGUGGAUUUUUAGACUCCCCAUGAAAUUCUGACCCAGAAAAGUAUAAAAAUCAAAAAUGUUCACUAGCGGGAUCGAACCCGCGACCUUCAACCUGCAGAUUUGGCUCAGCUGGUUAGAGAUGAAUCUAUUGAUCUAGAGGUGGCGGGUUCGAUCCCGCUAGUGAACAUUUUUCGAUUUUUGUACUUUUCCGGGUCAGAAUUUCACGGGGAAUCUGAAUUUAGCGUCAAAAAACCCCGAAUUCUCGCGCCGAAACCCAAUUUCUUGCAGAAAAGGCGACUACGACAAUGCAAUAAACGAAUACAAAGAAACCAUUGGAAUGCUCGAACCAUCCUACGUCAUCAAAAAAUAUCUGGAUGGCUCGAAGUUAGCGCAACUCUGCGUAUAUUUGGAGGCGAUUCAUGAGCAGCAAAAAGACAAUCAAAAUCAUACAAAUAUUCUUUUAAACGCCUAUGCCAGAAGGAAUGAGAAGAAGAAAUUGAUGCAAUUUGUGAAUCGCGUUGUGGAGCGGAAAAAUUGUGAUAUGCGCGAUGUUUUUAAGGUAUAAAUGUGCCAGGCUUGCAGAAAUGGGCGUGGCCUAUAUCCUCUGAUUUUCAGGAUUAUUUUGAGACCAAACAUGGUUAGGAAAAACCGUGGCAGGCUUGCAGAUAAGGGGCGUGGCUUCAGAACUAGGCGCCGCCCCUUUUCUGCAACCCUGGCACACUUUUUUAAAUCCAAAAAUACCUAUAUUUAGUAUCAAAUUGCUCGGAAUUCUCUCCUGAAUUAGGCUCCACCCCUUUUCUGCAAGCCUGGCACACUUUUUCCCAAAUUUCUCAAAAUAUACCAAUAUUUAGUAUCAAAUUGUUCCAAAUCUUCUUCUGAAUUAAGUCCCGCCCCUUUUCUGCAAUUUCCCCGCACACUUCUCCACAUUAUCAGUUAUAUUAGGCCACGCCCCUUUUCUGCAACCCUGGCACACUUUUUUAAAUCCAAAAAUACCCAUAUUUGGUAUCAAGUUGCUCAGAAUUCUCUCCUGAAUUAGGCCCCGCCCCUUUUCUGCAAUUUCCCCGCACACUUCUCCACAUUAUCAGCCAUAUUAGGCCACGCCCCUUUUCUGCAACUCUGACACACUUUUUUAAAUCCAAAAAUACCCAUAUUUGGUAUCAAGUUGCUCAGAAUUCUCUCCUGAAUUAGGCCCCGCCCCUUUUCUGCAAUUUCCCCGCACACUUUUUCUUCAGAUUCUCGUCGAUUGGAACUAUCUACCCGAAGCCUCGCUUUUGGCCACAAAAUUCGAAAUGCACGAUGAAGCUCUGACCGCAAUCAUUGAACAUAUGCACAAUUAUCAAAUGGCUGUGAAAUAUAUUGCGAAACGGCCCAUUGAUAAGGUGGGUUUUUGGGAAAAUUCGGGAUUUUUUGAUGGUUUUAAUGAAAAAAUUGGGAAAAUUUGAGAUUUUAAGCUAAAAAUUGAGAUUUUGAGUUCAAAAACCCAAUUUUUGCUGAAAAAAUAGCAUUGCUAAUGUUAAUGUUUGGAAAAUUCUCAAAAUUUCGAUGUUUUUAAUGAAAAAUUUGGGAAAUUUCAAAUUUUGAGGCAUUUUGAGCCCAAAAAUCCAGUUUUUGAUGAAAAAUUGGCAUUGCUCAUGUUAAUUUUCUGAUUUUUGAGCUAAAAAUCCAGUUUUUCAUGAAAAUUAGCAUUGCUCAUGUUAAUCUUCAGAUUUUUGAGCUAAAAAUCCAGUUUUUCAUGAAAAUUAGCAUUGCUCAUGUUAAUUUUCUGAUUUUUGAGCUAAAAAUCCAGUUUUUCAUGAAAAUUAACAUUGCUCAUGUUAAUCUUCCAGAAAAUCACACUUUUUCAAAAAAUAAUCCGAUUUUCAUCAAUAUUGGCUCAUUUUACUUUAAAAAAUCUGAAAUUUUCAAAAUUUUCACCAAAAAAAUUAGCAUUGCUCAUAUUAAUUUUUCAGGCCCUCGAACAUCUCGAAAAAUUCGGUCGAAUUUUGCUCGAAAAAUGUCGCGCCGAAACCCUUGUUCUUCUUUCUGACAUUGUGCUGCGCGGCGCGGAAUCCGGAGCGGAAAUCGAGAAAAUUUUCGAGAUUUUUAUCGGCGACUCGCAAGCUGCGCAAGAAUUCUGCGCGCAAGCGGAAGACAAUCCGCAACUCGCCGAUUGGUGUAUGGAAUUGCGGAUGAGAGCGUAUGAUGCGGAAAAGGUGAGCAUUUUUGGGAUUGCUCAGAUUAUACUGGUCAGAAUGAUACCAAACAUGACAUAUUUUAUUAAAAAUCUGUAAUUUCCUAGAAAAUUCUUGAUUUUAAGCCCUCGCCACGUGGAUUUUCAGAUUCCCCCUGAAAUUCUGACCCGGAAAAGUAUAAAAAUCAAAAAAUGUUCACUAGCGGGAUUGAACCCGCGACCUUCAACCUGCAGAUUUGGCUCAGCCGGUUAGAGAUGAUUUUAUUGAUCUAGAGGUGGCGGGUUCGAUCCCGCUAGUGAACAUUUUUUGAUUUUUGUACUUUUCCGGGUCAGAAUUUCAUGGGGAAUUUGAAAAUCCACGUGGCAGAGGCUGAAAAAUUUUCAGAAUCAAAAAUAGCCAUGUUUGGUGUCAUUUUGAAGCCAAAAAAUCUGAUUUUCCAGACAACCCCCGAAGAAAUCGAAGAUCAAAUCCUGCGCCAUUUGACACCUGAAAACACAUCAAAAACCCUGCACCUGGCUCAAAUUUUCAACGUUUCACCAAUCGUCGAAAAAAUCCUAACAAAAUCCGGAAAAAGCCGCGAAUUGAUGAACUAUUAUCAAAAAAUCGGAGAUUUGCCGAAAAUUGUGGAAAUUUGCAAAAAUUGUCCAGAAAACCAGUGAGAAAUCGAUAAUUUUUAUCUAACAUGAGCAAUGCUCAAUUUUUCUAUUUUCAGACGUCAGAAAAUGUGGCUCGAUGCGCUCAGUUUUAUCUCGAAAAGCUCGGCUGAAAUGUGCAAUGAAGAAAUGAUCAAAUAUUUGCUUGUCGAGUGAGUUUCUACAGUACCCCUUGGUUUUUUCGCGUCAAAAAUGUCAAAUUCGAAUUCCUCGUGAAAUUCUGACCCGGAAAAGUACAAAAAUCGAAAAAUGUUCACUAGCGGAAUCGAACCCGCCACCUCUAGAUUAAUAAUUUCAUCUCUAACCGCCUGAGCCAAAUUUGCAGAUAGAAAGUCGCGGGUUCGAUCCCGCUAGUGAACAUUGGCCAAAUUUUUUGAAUUUCACACUUUUCUGGAUCAGAAUUACACGGGGAGUCUGAAAAUCCACAUGGAAUUGUCUGAAAAUGUUCCAGAAUCGAAAAAUCGCAAGUUGUUCACCCUCUCGUCGUUCUCGAAAUCCUAUCAAAAUCGCAAAAUCUGACAAUUUCCACCAUCAAAGAAUACGUGAUAAAUUGGCUCAAAAAACAAGAGUCCAAAAUUUUGAAAAAUCGAAAAACGAUCAAAGAAAACGAGAAACAAAUGGAUGAAUUGGACGAGCAUAUUGAAUCGUUGAAAUUUAAGUGAGUUCAGAAAACUGUGCCGCAGAAUUGCAGAAAAUAGGCGGGGCUUGGGAUUUGGAGCAUUUUGAGACCAAAUUUGAAUAUUUUUAGAGGGAUUUGGGAAAAACUGUGCCAGGGUUGCAGAAAGGGGCGUGGCCUAACUUAUGUUACGAUAAAAACUGUGUCAAAUCAAAGCUCCGCCCAUUUUUUGCAACCCUGGCACAGUUUUUCCCAACUUUAUCCAAAAAUACCCUUAUUUGGUGUCAAAAUGCUCCAAAUCUUAAGCUCCGCCCCUUUUUGCAACCCUGGCACAGUUUUUUUUCCCAAGUUUAUCCAAAAAUACCCUUAUUUGGUGUCAAAAUGCUCCAGAUCUUAAGCCACGCCCCUUUUUGCAAGUCUGGCACAGUUUUUCCCCAGAAUAUAGGAUCGUUCGGUCUCAAAAUGCUCUGAAUUCUAAGCCACGCCCCUUUUUGCAAUUUUGCCGCACAGUUUUUUUCAAAAUAUAGGCUUAUUAGGUCUUAAAAUGCUCCAAAUCCUAAGCCACGCCCAUUUUUCAGUGCCCAAGUGCUCCAGGUGUCAAAAUGCUCCGCGUGCGACACCGGGCUCCAACUACCCACCGUACACUUUCUGUGCAAACACUCUUAUCAUGUGCAUUGUUUCGAGAGCUACACAGAAGCCGACACGCCCGACACGUGUCCGGCAUGCAGUCAAAAGAGUACGGUAGCUGUGGAAGCGAAUGGUGGUGGUACGGUAGCUGCGGGUACUGUAGAUCAACGCGCCGCCUAUUCGAAAUUCAAAGCCGAGCUUGCCACGUGUCCCGAUGCCAUGGAAUUGAUUUCCACGUAUUUGGAGCGCGGAUUGUUUAAUGAGAGCGGAAAAGGCGCAAAGGUGAGUUACUGUAGAUUUUUUGGCGGAAAAAUUUUGAAAAUUCAAAAAAUUUGCGAAGUUUUGAUGUAGAAAUGAGGAUUUUUGGAUAAUUUUGAGGAAAAUUUGAAUUUUUCUCGAAUUUGGCGCCAAAACCUACAGUAAUCUUCAAUUUUUGGCGCCAAAUUUGAAAAAUUCAAAAAAUUCACGAAAUUUUGAUGUAGAAAUGAGGAUUUUUGGAUAAUUGGAGAAAAAUUUGAAUUUUUAAAUCUUCUCGCCAAAAACUACAGUAAUCUUUAAUUUUUGGCGCCAAAAUUAGAAAAUUCAAAAAAUGUGCCAAAUUUUGAUGUAAAAAUGAGGAUUUUUAGAUAUUUGUGAGCAAAAUUUGAAUUUUUUGAAUUUUCGCGCCAAAAACUAUAGUAAUCUGAAAUUUUUGGCGGCAAAUUUGAAAAAUUCAAAAAAUUCACGAAAUUUUGAUGUGAAAAUGAGGAUUUUUGGAUAAUUUUGAGGAAAAUUUGAAUUUUUAAAUCUUGGCGCCAAAACCUACAGUAAUCUGAAAUUUUUGGCGGCAAAAUUUUGAAAUUCAAAUUUUUUCAAAAAUUUCUUAAAAUUAUCCAAAAUUCUUCAUUUUUACACCAAAAUUCUCAGAAUUUUUCAAAUUUUCACAAAUCUCCCGUGAAAUUCAAAUUUUCCGCGCAGGUCCGCCGCCACGUUGCUCAAAAUCUCACAAAUUCCGCGUCGCAACGCUCCUCAACAAUCACAAAUCCAUUCGAUGAGGACGAUUUUCGUUCGUCGGUCUCAAGAACCAUGUCUACAGUAUCCACUAGAAGUACAGUACCCCAGAGUACUGUAGGUCAACAACCAAGGAAUCCAUUUGAUGAACCUGCCGCUGGAGGAGGAGGAGCUACAGUACCAAACUACAGUAACCCGUUUGGCGAGGAUUUUUAA